GGCGCAUGGAGGACCCGGAGGACUGUAACCAUGCGCGGCUUGGAGAAGCAGGGUUCCCGUGCCGCAGCGGCCCCGUGUGGUUGCGCUCAGCCCGCCCUGGAGACAGGGAAUCUUUUAACUGAGCCAAUAGGCUAUUUGGAAUCAUGUUUCUCAGCCAAGAUUGGUACGCCAAGGCAGCCAUCCAUUUGUAGUUAUUCCAGAGCCUGUUUGAAGAUCAGAAAGAGCAUCUUUAAUAACCCUGAGCAUUCCUUGAUGGGCCUAGAACAGUUUUCCCAUGUUUGGGUUUUGUUUGUUUUUCAUAAAAAUGGCCAUUUGAACUACAAGGCAAAAGUGCAGCCCCCCAGGCUGAACGGGGCAAAGACUGGAGUGUUCUCUACAAGGAGCCCACAUCGCCCUAAUGCAAUCGGACUGACGCUGGCCAAGCUGGAGAAGGUGGAAGGUGGGGCUAUAUACCUCUCUGGAAUUGACAUGAUAAAUGGCACACCUGUGCUAGACAUAAAGCCCUACAUCGCUGACUAUGACUCACCACAUAACCUGGAGGCUUUGGAGGACUUCAAUGUCCACAAUAACCACUAUAGGCCAAGCGCUGCAUCCCAGUCCGAUGGCACAACUGACAGUCAUGACCAGCGGCUGCUCUCAGGGAAAACACAGCCCUGCUGUAGUGCUGAGGAGAAACCAAAAGGUCUUGAAGACAGAACCUCACAGGAAAACUCACAGAUGUCCAAAGAUAAUGCAGAAACCCAGCACACUUUGCCAGCGGACAGAGAGAGGACAGUGGAUUUGGUAUUGGAAUCAAGCAGAGGGGUCAGCACGGGUCUGGCAGGAGAGCAGCUUGGCCCACAGGAUCUGAAGAGCUUUCUGGAAGAAGACACAGCUAGGCCAAGGAAUGUGGAAGGUGCCUUGGUCCUGCAGGGGAACAGUGCAGAGACACAGUGGGAUGCUUCUUGCCAUGCCAGGACAGCUGACAGAGCGCCCUGCAGCGUCGUGCCCAGCUGGGUGAAGGAGGCCCCCGUAGCCCCUUUACGAGUGCGCUUUACUCCUCAUGCGGAGAUGGACCUGAGGAUGCUCAGUUCAGGAGACGCUGGUCAGAUGUCAUUCAAAUACUUUCGGUCCACAGAGGAAGCGAAAUGUGCCAUUGAGGCUGUGCUGUCUGCUGAUCCUCGGUCUGUGUACCGCCGGAAGCUCUGUCAGGACCGCCUUUUCUUCUUCACUGUAGACAUAGCACAUGUCACGUGCUGGUUUGGUGAUGGCUUUGCAGAGGUUCUGAGGGUUAAACUGGCUUCCCAGCCUGUUCAGAUGACUGACCCUGAGGAAUCCUUGGUGGCUCUGGGAUCCUGAAGGCUCCUGUUGUGUUUUAGACAGCAUCGUUGACCUCUGGAUGUAUCCGUCUUUGUCAUGGGGCUGCUUUGGUUGACACUGUCUGAAAUAUUUAUUGGAAGGAAUUUUUUGUUGUUGUUUUUGUUUUCUCCAGAGGUUUUUCUGUGUCGCCCUGGCUAUUUUGGAACUUGCUUUGUAGACCAGGCUGGCCUCAAACUCACAGAGAUCCACCUGCCUCUGCCUCCCAAGUGCUGGGAUUAAAGGUGUGCUCCAUUGUGCCUUUCGAAGGAAAUGUAUAUUAAUAAACUUACUGAGAACUGUGAAA